AAGAGAGUGUGUAUUAUCCCUUUCUUUGAUUAAUGUCCAUCCGUUGGCGCCAUUUCCUUCCAGCACGACUAGAAGAAGAGCAGUAGUGCAGAAGUAGAAGUAGAAGCAGAAAGCGAGUAUUGGAGUCCCACCAUGCUCCUCGCCGUUCCUGAUUGCUUCACUUCGUUCCGUCACAACAAGCCAACCACUACCACCUUUCUCUUCCAGCGAGGGCGGCGCCGGCGAGCCUCCCACUCAGUGAACCCAACUCGGACGCGUCGCCUCCAACUCUGCAAAGCGACUUUGAUCACCAACUCCGACUCCUUCGAGGUCGGUCGAUUACUCGGCAGUUAUGGCUUCAUGAACAUCACUAGCUAUUCGGGGUUCCAAUCAGGUGCAGAUACUGAAUAUCCACCCGGAGAUUUGGGGCGAUUAAGAGUUCAAGAUGUGGGAGAAGGAAAUGUAAAGAUCAGUCUUUAUGAAGGGAGAGUCUCUCAGGGUCCACUUAGAGGAACUUCAGUUCUUUUUAAGGUUUAUCCUGGUCAACGAGCUGGUGGUAUGGAGGCUGAUAUGAUGGCUGCAAAUGAGUUGAAUGCUCACACUUUCCUUCAAAGCAGUUCAAAAGGUAUCUGUCAGAAUCUCCUGAUACUUGUUGGUGGGUUUGAGACAAAAACUGGGGAACAGUGGCUUGCUUUCCGUAAUAAUGGGAAAUAUAGUGCCGCAGACUAUGCAAAAGUUAUGAGUGAAAGAAUAUCAAAAAAUCGUGCACUAGGAGAACAGAUGUCUUGGAAUCAAUUUGAACAAGAGCUAACAAUUAAACGCAGAAGAUAUUUUGUCCUUAAGCUUCUUCAGGGUGCCAUAAGAGGUCUAGCUUUCAUGCAUGACCAAGAUAGAUUACACCAGAGUCUUGGACCAUCUUCUGUUGUUCUUAAUACAAUUGUAGAAAGAGAUGCUGCUUACUUAGUUCCACGACUUCGGGAUCUAGCCUUUUCUGUUGACAUUGGAUAUUCAUCUCUAGAUGAGGGUCGAGGAACACUCUCGGAGGGACUUUGGAGACGAGCAUCUGCUGCUGGUGCCUUCACACCAAUGGAGAAAAGAGCCUUUGGAAUAGCAGAUGAUAUAUAUGAAGCAGGUCUUCUUUUUGCAUACUUAGCUUUUGUUCCAUUUUGUGAAGCAGGCAUAGUGGAUAGCCUUUCGUUGCAAAGGCUUCUGGAGAGCACUUUCAAGCUUGAUGUUGAAGCUACAAGAGAGUAUUGUUUAGCAGAUGAUCGAUUACUAGAUGCUGUCAAAUUCCUGGAUCUUGGUGAUGGUGCCGGUUGGGAGUUACUCCAGGCAAUGCUGAAUCCUGACUUCAGAAAACGGCCAAUUGCAGAGGCCGUGCUCAAUCAUCGGUUCAUGACCAGCGCCAUUCCCUGAGUUCCAAAUGUCAUCUCAACUUGGCUUGUUUAUAACUCCGGUCGAUCCAAAAUAUCAAGGGGACUUGGAGAAGCUAUUUUAUCUUAAGAAUGUACAGAAGUUAACACAAACAAAGGGGAGGAAGCAAGAUGCAGGAGUUGGCUGGAUCAGAAUCUAAACUUCACCAUGCUACAUGUAAUAAUUGUACAAAUAGUGAGUCUCCAUUUCCCAAACAUCAAAUUCUACUCUUGAUUAUUUAUCAUUUCUCUAUUAAA